UGAACCCCUCUCUCUCUCUCUCUCUCUCUCUCUCUCUCUCUCUCUCUCUCUAUGAGAGAAAAAAACAUGGGACUUCUUCCAUGUCCCUUGCCGUGCAACUCCCACACCGCCAUCUCCUCCGACCAUCAUCACCUUCACUCCGAAUCCUCGAGCUCCCUCUCUUCCCAGUCCAGCCUCCCCUCCGUCCCUUCCCUGACCCCUCCUCCUCAGCCGUCUCACCCCCCUGACCAGUCUCCGGCUCCCGCCCGCCACCGUUGCGUCGCCACCUUCUCCAGCCACUCCUCCUACAUCUCCUCCCUCGCCCUCGCCGGCAAGUCCCUCUUCAGCGGCUCCUCCGACGGCGAGGUGAGGGCGUGGGCCCGGAGCCCGUCCGGAUCCGACGCGGGGCGCGCGGAGGCGGUGGCCGCCGCAGCUGCCAGCACCAGCGCCGUCAAGAGCGUGGUGGCGCGCGGGGACAAGCUCUUCACCGCCCACCAGGACCAUAAGAUACGGGUGUGGAGGAUCGACGCCGAAGGGAGGUACAGGCUCGCGGCCUCGCUGCCCACCGUGACGGACCGCCUCGCGAGGCUCUUCUCGGCGAAGAACUACGUGGAGGUGCGGCGGCACAAGAAGUGCACGUGGGUCCACCACGUGGACGCCGUGUCGUCGCUGGCGCUGACCUACGACGGCUCGGUGCUGUACUCGGCCUCGUGGGACCGGUCGUUCAAGGCGUGGCGGGUGUCCGACUUCCGGUGCAUGGAGUCGGUGGAGAGGGCGCACGACGACGCCAUCAACGCCGUCGUCGUGUCCCGCGACGGCCUCGUCUACACGGGCUCCGCCGACAGGAAGAUCAAGGUGUGGAGGAAGGAGGGCCACCAGAGGACGCACGCAUUGGUCGCGACCCUAGAACAGCACAGGUCCGCGGUCAACGCUCUGGCGCUGAGCGAGGACGGAUGCAUCCUCUACUCGGGCGCCUGCGACAGGUCGAUCCUCGUUUGGGAGAAGGUCCAAGACGGAGAGCGGAGCAGAGAACCCGACGGCGGCAGCGAGGGCGGCGAGCACUGCAUGGUGGUGGUGGGGGCGCUGCGAGGGCACACGAAGGCGAUACUGUGCCUCGCGGUGGCGGGGGACGUGGUGUGCAGCGGGUCGGCGGACCACACGGUGAGGGUGUGGCGGAGGAGGGAGGGAGAGGAGGACCGGCGGUACUCCUGCCUGGCGGUGUGCGAGGGACACGCGAAGCCGGUGAAGUGCUUGGCCGCGAGCGUCGACGUGGACGGCGACGGGGACGGCGGGUCCCACUCCGGGAGGAGCGGGACUAGAUGUCUCGUCUACAGCGGCGGAUUGGACUGUAAGAUCAAAGUAUGGAGAAUUUGGGUUCCCCAUCUUUGAUUUUUUUUUUUCCAAAUUUUCUGAUUUCUUUUUUCUUUUCCAAUUUAUGUUUGCUUAUAGGAAAGAGUAGGUGGAGGGUUGGGUUGGACAUUUCCGUCCACUCAUCGACAUCUUUUUCUGUGAUUCUGUUCGUAUGUUUUGGCUUCUUUAUACUUUCUUGGCGAUUUGUACGUAACCAAAAAUGAGAUUUUUCUGUUCUUCUUC